AGUGGUUGAGUGUUGGGAGGGAGGGCUGCGUGAGUGCCAGGGGGCGGGGGCGGGGGCGGGGGCGGAGAUUCAGCGCGUGUAUGUAAAGGUGCAGCCCGUGUGCGAGGGUCUGGGUGCGCGCGCGGUGUCUGGCUGGGUGCGCGCGCGCGCCGCUGCCCGCUUGCUAGCCUGCUAGGGCUGCUCGGUGGGUUUGACCCGCGAGCGGGCGUAGAAAAGCUGGAUCCCAGAUCACGUAGAGACCAUCACGGAAACUGCAGCUCCGGUCGUGGCGCGAAGGGCUCCGCAUUAGGCGCUGGGCUCCAGAGAUUAUUUAUCUUUAUUCAGAAGCAUAAAGUUCUUUGCUGAUUGCAAGAAGAUGUUUCUUUGGCUCUUUCUGAUUUUGUCAGCACUGAUUUCUUCGGCAAAUGCAGAUUCUGACAUAUCGGUGGAAAUUUGCAAUGUGUGCUCCUGCGUGUCAGUUGAGAAUGUGCUCUAUGUCAACUGUGAGAAGGUUUCAGUCUACAGACCAAAUCAGCUGAAACCACCUUGGUCUAAUUUUUAUCACCUCAACUUCCAAAACAAUUUUUUAAAUAUCCUCUAUCCAAAUACAUUCUUGAAUUUUUCACACGCAGUAUCCCUGCAUCUGGGAAAUAAUAAACUGCAGAACAUUGAGGGAGGAGCCUUUCUUGGGCUCAGUGCAUUAAAGCAGUUGCACUUGAACAACAAUGAAUUAAAGAUUCUCCGAGCUGACACUUUCCUUGGCAUAGAGAACUUGGAGUAUCUCCAGGCUGACUACAAUUUAAUCAAGUAUAUUGAACGAGGAGCCUUCAAUAAGCUCCACAAACUGAAAGUUCUCAUUCUUAAUGACAAUCUGAUUUCAUUCCUUCCUGAUAAUAUUUUCCGAUUCGCAUCUUUGACCCAUCUGGAUAUACGAGGGAAUAGAAUCCAGAAGCUCCCCUAUAUUGGAGUUCUGGAACACAUUGGCCGUGUUGUUGAACUGCAACUGGAAGAUAACCCUUGGAACUGUAGCUGUGAUUUGUUGCCUUUAAAAGCUUGGCUGGAGAACAUGCCAUAUAACAUUUACAUAGGAGAAGCUAUCUGUGAAACUCCCAGUGACUUAUAUGGAAGGCUGUUAAAAGAAACCAACAAACAAGAAUUAUGCCCCAUGGGCACAGGCAGUGAUUUUGAUGUGCGUAUCCUGCCUCCAUCUCAACUGGAAAAUGGCUACACCACUCCCAAUGGUCACACAACACAGACAUCCUUGCACAGAUUAGUGACCAAGCCACCAAAAACGACAAAUCCUUCCAAGAUCUCUGGAAUCGUGGCAGGCAAAGCCCUCUCCAACCGCAAUCUCAGUCAGAUUGUGUCUUACCAAACAAGGGUGCCUCCUCUAACACCUUGCCCGGCGCCUUGCUUUUGCAAAACACAUCCUUCAGACUUGGGACUGAGCGUGAACUGCCAGGAGAAAAAUAUACAGUCCAUGUCUGAACUGAUACCGAAACCUUUAAAUGCCAAGAAAUUGCAUGUCAAUGGCAAUAGCAUCAAAGAUGUGGAUAUCUCAGACUUCACUGAGUUCGAAGGACUGGAUUUGCUCCAUUUAGGCAGCAAUCAGAUUACAAUGAUCAAAGGAGAUGUAUUCCACAAUCUUACUAAUUUACGCAGGUUGUAUCUCAAUGGCAAUCAGAUUGAAAGACUGUAUCCGGAAAUAUUUUCAGGCCUUCAUAACCUGCAGUAUCUGUAUUUGGAAUACAAUCUGAUUAAGGAAAUCUUAGCAGGCACCUUUGACUCCAUGCCAAAUUUGCAGUUACUGUAUUUAAAUAAUAAUCUCUUAAAGAGCCUGCCUGUUUACAUUUUUUCUGGAGCACCCCUUGCUAGACUGAAUCUGAGGAACAACAAAUUCAUGUACCUCCCUGUCAGUGGGGUCCUCGAUCAACUUCAGUCUCUCACACAGAUUGACUUGGAGGGCAACCCAUGGGACUGCACUUGUGACUUGGUGGCAUUAAAGCUGUGGCUGGAGAAGCUGAAUGAUGGGAUUGUUGUGAAAGAACUGAAAUGUGAGACACCUGUUCAGUUUGCCAACAUUGAACUGAAGUCCCUCAAAAAUGAAAUCUUAUGUCCCAAACUUUUAAACAAGCCAUCUGCACCAUUUACAAGCCCUGCACCUGCUAUUACAUUCACCACUCCAUUGGGUCCCAUUCGAAGUCCUCCUGGUGGCCCCGUGCCUCUAUCUAUUUUAAUCUUAAGUAUCUUAGUGGUCCUCAUUUUAACUGUUUUUGUUGCUUUUUGCCUUCUUGUUUUUGUGCUGCGACGCAACAAGAAACCUACCGUGAAACACGAAGGGCUGGGGAAUCCUGAGUGUGGCUCCAUGCAGCUGCAGCUAAGGAAGCAUGACCACAAAACCAAUAAAAAGGACGGACUGAGCACAGAAGCUUUCAUUCCACAAACUAUAGAACAGAUGAGCAAGAGCCACACCUGUGGCUUGAAAGAGUCAGAAACCGGGUUCAUGUUUUCAGAUCCUCCGGGACAGAAAGUCAUUAUGCGAAAUGUUGCCGACAAGGAGAAAGAUUUAUUACAUGUGGAUACCAGGAAGAGACUGAGCACAAUUGAUGAGCUGGAUGAAUUAUUCCCUAGCAGGGAUUCCAACGUAUUUAUUCAAAAUUUUCUUGAAAGCAAAAAGGAGUAUAAUAGCAUAGGUGUCAGUGGCUUUGAGAUCCGCUAUCCAGAAAAACAAGAUAAAAAAAACAAGAAGUCCCUGAUAGGUGGCAACCACAGUAAAAUCGUUGUGGAACAAAGGAAGAGUGAGUAUUUUGAACUGAAGGCGAAACUUCAGAGUUCCCCUGACUACCUACAGGUCCUUGAGGAGCAAACAGCUUUGAACAAGAUAUAGGUCAUGCAAUCUAACUUCAUACAGAGGACAUUUAUUUAAUGAUGAAAGUGCCUUUUGUUGACUCCUAAUUUCCAAAUACUAUAUUAUCAAUAGGCAUAGAGGCAGGUGUUUCCAAGGGUGUCUCAUUAACUGUAGCUGCAAAGAUGUGUCAAGUAGAAGAGACUUUCCUUAAUAGAUUUUACUACAUAAAACCUAUACUGUGGAGUCCUGUGGGGAUACUGCAAACUCUAUUGCCAAAGGGAUGCUUUAUACACAAAAUACACUGAAUUUAACCUCAAGAGGCAAAUCCGUUUUGUACCCCAAUGCAAAACCUUCGUCUCUUUGUGCUUUGUAAAGCAAACUCAAGAAAACUGGUACCAGUGUUUGUACCUCAGCUGGGUCCUUCAUCUUGCACGUAGAUUAAGUUGGUGGAACUGGAAUAAUCCUUUUGAUUUGUGGCAUUGUAACAACUCUGUGUAAAGAUUAUCUGAAAAGU